GGCAGGUAAAAUUCGUCGCUUUGCUGAAUAUAAUUUAUUUUUCUUUAAUGGUUUUCACUACGAUAAUGAUAGAAUAUUAUCCAUAAUAAAAGUCGUGAAAAUGCUUUAUUUGUUAAAACAACGAAAGGUCACCAAUAAUGAAUUGUAAAAGAUAAUUAAACAUCUGUAAUGGUGUCGCUUACGUUUUUGUUAACGAGAAAUGGAGAGACAGCAGUGUAAUUCACUUCAAAACUUUGAUGACCCGAAAACAGAAAUUUUGAAAAAAAGAUUAUUAAAGGCAACCAGCACUUCCGCGAGUAGUAAUCUAUCUCAGGGCAACUCGCAGCAUAAUGUGCUAUUGAAUACGUUGCGCGCGCCAAUAUCGAGCAGUAUGAUCGUGUCCUCAGUGCAGGCGCCGCAGAGCUCUAUGCCUAUUACUCACAAUUUAGUUACUCAUUCUAUUGCUCCUGUAAAAAUUCACGCAAACAAUUCACCAUAUCCACUACAGUUGUCCACUGUUCAUGUUCCGGUUCAAAUACCUGGUUCCACAUCCAAUAUUAAUGUCCCAGUUCAGUUGUCAGGUACAUCAAGUGGUAUGCCAUUACAGAUAGCUCCAGUAAGUCUUCCUCUGUCAGUCUCUGGUACCACUAGUGUCCCUGUGCAGUUGCCUGCCGGGGAUACUAUUAAUGUUCCCUUGCAAAUUCCAUCUGCAAAUCAGAAUAUUCAACUUCCAACUCUACCGUCUAUGCCACUCUUACAAACACCCACGCAGCCACUCCACAAUUCAAUAAUUCAUUUGCACAUGGGCUCGAAUCCCCGAGCAACGAAUAUAGAUGGUAGUAUAGACAUGAAUAUGUCCAGCUCCACACAACUUCAACUCACAGAUUCUGUUAAAAUGAGCAAUGCCGCAUCUAUGUCUCAAGUACAAGUUGGAUCAAAUUCAACUGUGAUGCAAAUACCAAACUCAUCAAAUAAUCCUAUUCAACUGGCUCUGCCAAAUGCUGGAAAUACUGGAGUACAAUUACGAGGCGCACCCAGAAGCAUGCCCCAUGUGGUGUACAUACAGACUCCGACAGGACUGAAACCAGUAUCUAGUACUGAAGUCAUUAGUCAGGCCAGUACAAGUGGCAAUCCACCUCAGAUUAUAGUUAGAAGACCUAUAACAAGCAAUUCAAACAUUCAUUUAAUAUCGAAUGUUGCGCCAAAACCGAACAUAGCGCCCAAACUACCGGGACAAAAUAAGUCGUCGAUACUCGCGCCGGCCAACACCACACAACCCAUUGUGAUUCAAAAGCCAAAAACAAACGACAAGAUGAUGGUGCCCGUCAGCAUCGCUCCUGGCGCUCCGGGCAAACAGGCUAUUGCGUAUCUAAGUUCUGUUAAAAAACCUAACACGAAAAAUAUUACAGAGAAUCAAUCAAUACUCAUAUCGAGCAAUCAAACGAAUGUGAAUUCUAAUAAUCAAAAAUUAUAUUUAACUCCAAUGAUGCCAAAAAUACAGAACACCAAGUUUAUUGUACCGGUAACUUUACCCGCUACCAUGGCGUCCAAGGGACCUAUAAUUAAUCUUCAAAUAGCCAAUGGACAGAUUCAAAACGAUCCACAAGGAAAUAUAACUGUUAUGAGAGAUACGACUCCUAUGGAAGCUUCCGAAAUGCCGCCCUUGGCCAAGAUCGUAGUCAUGAACGGGAAAGAUACUUGCAUGACGAAUAAUUCUAAAGGUGAAAAGGCUUAUGCAGUAUCGAUAACUGGAUCGAGAGCCGAGCCCACCGGUGAGCAAGGGGAGUAUACACUGUCGAUACCCGAAACGAAUGCGUCGAUGAAUGACGAUAUUUACACUGUGUCGAUAGCGGAUGAUGAAGGCGGUCAGACGCGUGAGAAAUCUUUCACGCUGGCUAUACCGGAAAAAGGCAAAAGUUUACUUAAUAGAAACAUAAUUGACAGAAAUGAUUUGGGUCCCGUUACAAUUGCAGCGCCUGCAAUUCUGCGUCGCUCUAAUUCUGAUAAUAGUGAGAGAAAAACUGCUAAUGCUAAUAUAAAACGCCGUAUUUCGUUAUGUACGGAGAACCUUUCGAACAAAAAUUUAAAAUUAACUUUACCUCAACCGAAAAUUAUGAACAAAUCGAAGGAUCACGUCGACGGAGACGUCAACGACGACCAUCGGGUGCCGUCCUUGUUCUGCGAUGAGAAACUCGAUAAAGACUUAGAAGCAAAAGUUAAUUUGGGAGAUUCUGAUCCCGAAGAUUAUAAGGAUAAAAUUGAGAUAAAGCCUCUCGAUUUAAUAUACCUUCCCAAAGCAGAGAACUGUACGACGAAAGACGAAGUGAAUGGGAAAGAUGGUAUUAAUUCAAAGUUAGAAGAAGACCCUCCAGGACUUAUUUGGAAUAAUGGAAUUGCACAACUCCGAGGAAGCAACCUCCAUUUCCAAACUAAUGAAUUUGGUCUCAUUGAUCUCAUAGAAAAUUCGAAUCAAAAUGUCUUGGCUAACGCGGGAGCUAAGUACCACACGCCGCUUAAACAGCGUAUUGAGAGAAACAGGGACAAAAAGCCCACUUCUCCUGAAGAUUUGUACCGCUGCGACGGCUGCGGGUGCCACGGGAUGGCGGCAGAGUUCAUCACACCGAACAUCUGCAGUCUGACCUGCCAGAGCGAAGUUCAAAAGAUGACGCAGAAGAAGAAAGAUAAAGAAAGAGCAGAACUAGCAAAGAAACGAAACAAAAUGAAGAAAUUACUGAUGCGGAAGCAAAUAUCCGACUCCGACUUACUCCAAGAUAAGGACGACAAAAUUCCGUCGAAGCACUACGAUUCGAUUUCCAACGAUAAUCAAAUAUCGGAAGCGGUGCUCAUGAAAAUGAGCGAAGACAUGAUUGAGAACGAAAAGUACCCGUGGAUGUGCGGCAAGAACGGCUUCUCGUGGAUGCGCUACCUCGACGUGUGCAAAGCGAAGGCGGCGCCCGUGAAGCUGUUCAGAGAUCCCUUUCCCUACAGUAAGAAUAAUUUCAAAGUCGGGAUGAGAAUGGAAGCGAUCGAUCCGCAACACCCGUCUCUGUUCUGCGUGGUGUCGGUGGCGGAGGUGCAGGGCUACCGGAUGCGGCUGCACUUCGACGAGUACCCGGACAUGUACGACUUCUGGGUGAACGCGGACUCCAUAGACAUCUUCCCGCCGGGCUGGUGCGAGAAGAACGGGAGGCCCCUGAAGCCGCCGGCCGGGUACGAUCCGGCCUCGUUUUCGUGGCCCCUCUAUCUGAAGCAAAUGCGCGCAGUCGCGGCGCCCAGGCAGCUGUUUCAACAUAUCACCACUGCGAUGAUAAAGCCGAACGGGUUCCGCGUGGGCAUGAAGCUGGAGGCCGAGGACCGGCAGAACGAGCUGGUGUGCGUGGCCAGCGUGGCCGACAUGCUGGAUCAGCGCCUGCUGGUGACGUUCGACAGCUGGGACGACGUGUACGACUACUGGGUGGAGCCGUCGUCGCCCUACGUGCACCCCGUGGGCUGGGCCGAGGACCACGGCCUGCCGCUCACGCCGCCCAACUAUUACAAAGACCCAGAUACGUUCUCGUGGGAGAGCUACCUGGCGGAGACGAUGUCGAGCGCGGCGCCCCCGCGGGCGUUCAAAACGCGCCCGCCCAUCGGCUUCAAGCCCGGGAUGAAGUUAGAAGUCGUAGACCGUAGGGUACCGUUCCUAAUAAGAGUGGCGACGAUAAGCGCGGUGAAGGGCCAUCAGGUGCGCGUGUCGUUCGACGGCUGGCCCGAGGAGCUGGCGUGCUGGCUGGACGACGACUCGCCCGACAUACACCCCGUGGGCUGGUGCCUCAAGACCGGACAUCCGCUCGAGCCGCCACUCACGGCGGAGGAGCUGCGCAUCCUGGGCCCGUGCGGCGUGGGCGGCUGCCGCGGGCUGGGCUCGGCGCGCGGCGGCGCGCACAAGCAGCACGGCGCCGCCUCCGCCUGCCCCUACCGCCCCGCCGAGCCGCCGCCGCUGCCCGACCGCCUGGCGCCCGGGCCCGCCGCGCACGCGCUGCUGCCGCUCAGGGCACAGAGUAAACCGAAAUCUAUUUCUACCAGUACGCCUAAUAGUGAUGCGCCCAAGGAGAAACCGCAGAGAGGACGGCCUCCGAAGCACAAAAGAGUCGAGGAAGUCGCUAAAAACGAACCAGUAUCGGAUGACGAAUCCUUAUCGAGCAGCGGCGGGAAGCGCUGGCGUGGCAGCGGCAGCGAGGACAACCGCGCGCUGCGGUCCUUCUCCCGUCGCGACACGUCCGCGCACCGCUCGCCCUCGCACCAGUCGCCCGCGCGCCACUCGCCGCCGCACCAGUCGCCCGCGCACCGCUCGCCCAGCCACCGCAUGUUCGCGCUGGCGCACCAGGCGCCGCACGCUCCGCGCGCUCUCAUCGCGAGACACAUGGCCGACCUCGCGCUGUCGCCGGACCCCGGCUUGUGGACGCAGAAGGAGGUGGCGGCCCUGCUGUCGCGGAUAGCGGGCGCGACGGUGGGCGCGGCGGCGGCGGCUGCGCGGCUGUCGGGCGCCGAGCUGGUCAUGGCGUCGUGCGAGGAGCUGGUGCAGUGCCUGCGCCUGCGCCUCGGGCCCGCCGUCAAGGUGUACGCGACCGUGCGACACCUGCGCGACUCGCUCUCGUGAUCGCUGGCCCUCGCGCACGCGCUCACCGUGCUCGUCUAGUCGUCGACAUGUCUCGUGACAUAUCAUAUUGUGCUGUGCCUUUACUCGCACUCUUCCGAUCG